UGUUUGUGUUGGUGCGGUGAAUCUGGUGAAUCAGUGAAGAGAAUGCACGUCAUACAUAUGUUUACACGCACACAGUAAAAGGGAUUAAAGUUACCACACACAGACACGUUGAAUGUCAAUAGGAACGAAACGGAAUCGGAACACACCCCCACGAGAAGAAAAGCGAAACAAAUCGCAGUCAUCGCAGUCAAUCGCAGUACAAGAUGGCUUCCCUCGGGUGUUGUGGUUGACGUUAUUUACAAGGAUAUAUAUUUUCUACAAUUCUCAACCGUAAUUAGGUCGUCGUCGACCUAACUAGUUUCAUUAUUCACAAGUCAGUGUUGUGCAAAAAUCAAGGUGAAUGAAUUGAAUGGCGACCGGACUGAUCGGUUUCCAAACAAAAUGCGAACAUCUCAAGACUGAGGCACACUUGUGACUUCUGGGGGGUGGAUGAUAGAAAUUUACCUAAAAGGGAAGAGUGAAGCCAGUCGAAACACUGGAGAAAGACGGCGGAGCUUUGGAGGAGGGGGAGAUGUCCGCCGGCACCCAGGGAGAGAUUCGGGUUGGUCCAUCGCACCAGGAAUUGGUUUCUUGUCAGGCCCGAUUGCCUGAGUAUCGGCCGGGUAUUCCUUCUGGUGAGCUGCUUCCUGAUCCUGAGUUUUCCAAGGAACGCGAAGAGCUAAGAUGGGUCCCAGCAAUGGCAUUGGAUCUCGAUCUUCUCAUGUACCUGAGUGCGGCUCGUUCAAUUGCCGCGUUCGCUGGUAUGUGUGAUGGAGGAUCGACUGAUGAUGGUUGUGUGGCAGCUUCCCGUGACGAUACAACCAUCAAUGCCUUUGAUAUCCUUCACGAUUCUGGCUAUGACCCAACAAGAGCAUUACAAGCCCUCGUCAAGUGUCCUGUACCAAAAGGCAUCGAUAAAAAAUGGUCUGAAGAAGAAACGAAACGAUUCGUCAAAGGUCUUCGACAAUUUGGGAAAAAUUUCUCUCGCAUUAAGAAAGAUCUUUUACCACACAAAGAUACGCCAGAGCUCGUGGAAUUCUAUUAUUUGUGGAAGAAGACGCCAGGGGCGAACAAUAAUCGACCGCAUCGAAGACGCAGAGCUCAAGGUUCUCUGCGCAGAAUACGCAACACGAGGAAUUCAAGGGCCGGUACACCGAAGGAGGAGGCUCCUGUUCCACCAAAAGACGUGCCUCCAAGUACGACGAACGUCAAGGAGCAAGCUUCGGAGCCGGAAAGUGCUCCCGCCGGCACUCCGGCAAUUGCCAACAAUAAUGGCAAUCCCGGUGGUGAAGUCAGUUCAGUGACUGAAGAUGACAAUUCGGAAGAGGACAGCGACUCAAGGGAUACUAAUACAAAUGGUGUAAAUCACUCGUGUCAACAUUGUUUCUCAACGAAUUCAAAAGAUUAUCAAGUAACCGGUAAGGAUAGGCUGUUACUUUGCGCAGAAUGCAGAGGACACUUGAAAAAGUCAGGGGAAUUACCACCUGCGCCGCCUUAUCUCUUCCGCCCAGUGCCAGCUGAGUCACCCGACAGUCCUGGUAGAAUGCGAACGAGAAAUAAGGCCAAGGAAAUCCCGAGACCGGCUAGACCUAGACGAACUGGUGGUACCGAUACACCUGAUCAAGAAAAACAACAGUCACAACAGCAGCAGCAGCAGCAACCAAGUAGUGAGAAAACGAAAAAUAAAAAGAAUUCCAAUAAGCCAGAAACGCCGAAAAAGGGCCAAAAAAGAGUGGCUGUCGAGGAAGUCGAAGAGGAAAAGGAUCCUCAGAAACGAAAACGCGGUGAGCGACCUGACAGUCCCUCGGAAUCACUCACAACUGACAGUAAUUCUCUUAUGGAUGAGCCCGAGAGAGAAGCAGAGGGAGAUUCGACGGAACAGCCUCCAGUCGCACCGCCAGCGCCAAUUGAGGAACCUGUGAGUCCAGCAACGACGACGACGACGACAACCACAACAACGCCCGAAGAAAUACGUGUACCAACGCCAAUUCCGGCGCCAAUUCAAACUUUACCAAUAUCAGUUCCUGUUAUACACACCCUCGACAAAAAGCCCCCAGUCGAGGACGUAUCACCCGAAAUGAAAGAACAAAUUGAACAAGUGCCAUUACAGAUGACUCAACCGAUGAAAAUCGAACCUUUGUCAAUUGAACCCGCUGUCACGCCACCCGAGGAAUCAAAGGAACCCGAACAACAGCAACAACAACAACAACAAGUCAAUCUCACAGCACCAACGCUACCGCCUCUAAAUAUUCCCGACAUUAGUCAAAAUGUACCUCGCAAUUUGUCCCAAUCAAUCGGACCUCAAUUAUGUCCGUCUUCCGUUGUUCCACCUUCCAGCCAACAAACACUACCCCUCAGUAUGCAAUACGCCAGCAGUCUGCCUCCAGUCAGUCAAAAUGUGCCUCAAAAUCUCUCGCAGAACAUUCAAAUACCACCGAGUUUACCGCAAAAUAUGACAACCGCACAAAAUAUGGGACCAGCACAAAACCUUUCUUUACAACACACCGAAAUAUCCAACGCACAAACAUCCGGAGGACCGCCACUGCAACAACAACAACAACAACAACAACCACCACCGCAACAACCACCUCCUCUAAAUCUCAACAUACCGCAAAACAUGACAACAACGGCAACAAUGAACCAAAUGCAAAUGAUGCCCGGCUCACCACAACCCCUCGGUCUCACAGUGAUGCCACCCGAAAACAGAAUAGACUCACGAAUUUCCGAAGAUCGUCUAACCGAUCGUCUAGAUCGAAUUCCAGACAGAAUUCGCGAAAACGACCGUAAUCAAGACCGCAUACGCGAUCGUCUACCACUACCACCUCAACCCGAAAACAAUGAACCACCCGAGAGACCAGAACCACCAAAUCUCUUUCAACCAAUACAACCACCACCUCUAAUGGCGCCGGAAAAAAUCUACAAUCUCGCCAGUACACCGCCAAUGGAGCCGCAAAAUCUCGUGAAACAAGAGAUAAUCCCACCCGAACCCGAUCCACUGCAAAGUCUCAAGGAGGUGAAAGUACCUGGAUUCCAAACAAGUUUCCCCGGACCCAGUAUCGACAAUAUCAAAAAGGAUCCCGACAGUACGAGUAAACCCUCAACGCCAAGUAAACACAUACACUCGACAAAUCCCCAAGUGCCACAAAUGCAAUCGGUUGCCGCCUCACCAACCCUGGCGCCACCACCUCCAACAUCGUUGGCCCAACCUGUUAUGCAUCCAUCCCAACAGCCAAGUCCCCACAUGGCUCAUCCAUUCCAUCCCCAUCAUCCCCUAAUGCAUCCAUCUUUAUUCGCCGCAAUGCAUCCCUAUCAUCCCCACUAUCCCGGCUAUCCUCCAGUGAGUGGCUAUCCCUCUUUCCCACCCUAUCCCUACGGUCCCGUUCCCCACGCAAUUCCACCGCCCUCACCCCAACGAACCCAAGAGAAUCCCAAUCUAAUGGCCGCCCAUCACUCAACACCCAACGUUGUUCAAAAUCGCGAAGAAGAAAACAUGAUCCACCAUCACGCGCCUCUUCAUCAAUCGAAUCUACAUCACGAUAAACUCCUAGCAAUUUCCUCCCAUUCUUCACACAACACUCAACGUAAACCCUCGUCUUUGGUUUCCGCUUCCUGUUUAAUAUCAAGUUCCGCCCAACAAGUACCACAACCCCAACAACAGCAGCAGCAACAACAACAACAACAGCAACAACAACAGCAGCAGCAACAACAACAAUCCAUACCACAGCAUCAUCAUUCCCAUCAUCAUCGACCCCAUCAACCUGAACCAAAACUAGAACCCGAAAUUGAACACGAACCAGAGGAAUCGCCUAGUCCAAAUCGUGGUCCAAGUCCCGAGCCACGUAUCGACGAUUCCGAAUGUCAUCGUUCACAAUCAGCGAUAUUCCUGAGGCAUUGGUAUCGUGGCGAUGAUAAUUCAUGUACAAGAACGGAUUUAAUGUUUAAACCAGUACCUGACUCGAAACUUGCGCGUAAACGUGAUGAGAGAUCGAGAAAACAAGCCGAAAGAGAGCGUGAGGAACGUGAUCGUGUUGCGGCGCAACAAAGAAAAAUGUCAACGCCUGAGAAACAACCGGAAAUAUGUAAACCACCAAGUCGAGGACCAAUGGAACCGGUUGUUUCGCCUUAUGAUCGUUAUGCAACGCGACCUGGUAGCUAUGCCGAUACGCCUGCAUUGAGACAAUUAUCGGAAUAUGCAAGGCCACAUGCGGCAUUUUCACCUGCACGUCAUCCGGCGCCACCCGAUCCAAUGAUUCAUUAUAUGUAUGGACCGGGUGCAAGGGAACGGCUUGAAUUGGAGCAUCUUGAAAGGGAGAAGAGGGAACGUGAACUCAGGGAAUUGCGUGAACGUGAAUUGAAUGAUAGAUUAAAGGAGGAAUUGUUGAAGGGUACACCGAGACCAAUGCCAGCGCCUGUUGAUCCACAUUGGUUGGAGAUACAUAGGAGAUAUGCUGCGGCUGGUUUAGCGCCUGGACCCUCGGGACCACCGCAGGGACUUCAUCAAUUUGGAUUGUAUGGAGCGCCACCGGGACAACUCGAGAGGGAACGAUUGGAACGAUUAGGUUUAGGAAUAACAACUGCAACUGGCGGUUGGCCAGCGAUUCCUAGAUCGGGAUCAGGGGCUGGCCAUUCGGCAGCGGAUCAUCAACAAUGUCAGCGGAAUGAGUGGCUUGCUCUAGCUGCCGAUCCGAUGGUCCGAUUGCAGAUGGCUGGUCUCUCAUCGGCUGAGUGUACUCACUUUCAUGCGCAUACUCAUUUGCACCUUCAUCAGGAGCAACAACAGCAAGAAGCAGCUGCGGCUGCAGCUGGAAAUCGUUUGCUUGCGGCCGCAGGAGCAAAUUAUCCACGCCCUGGAAUGAUACCACGUGAUCCAACGAUGGGUCUUCAUCCAGCGGAACUUCUUGGAAGACCGUACGCGGAUAUGGCGGCCCAUCACGAACAGCUUCAACGUCAUCUUAUGGUAGAAAGAGAUAGACUUCCUCCACACGCCUCGGUCUUUGUCCAUCACGAAGAGUACCUAAGACAACGUUUUUUAUAAACUUUGGCCAUAGUUGGAGUGAAUAUUGUAAAUUAAACUUUUAAAAAUCACAGCACGUUAUUCAUAUAGGCAAAUGUAAUUUUGAUACAUCUUUUUUUUUAUUUUUAUUUUUUAAAAAAUCCCGCGACAUGAAAAUUCCAUUUUACCACAUUUUUUUUAGACAAAAUUAGUAAAAGUAUUAUAAAAGUAAAAAAAAGUAAAAGUAUUAUAAUUAUAAAAGUAUAAUUAGUAAAUUAGCCGAGUAAAAUAAAUGAAAUGAAAAUUCAAAUAUUUUUCUAAUUUCGAAAAGUGAGUAAAAAUAACGACGGUUUGAGCCCUUAUUGAAAAUUUUGAUUCAAAUAUAUUAUAUUGAAAAUUUUAAUAAAAAUAAAUUUUCACAAUUAUUGAAUAUUAAAUAUUCGUUUUUAAUUUACUUGUAUUGAAAUGUAUAAUUUUUCUUUUAAUUUCUUUUUUAAUUUAAUAUUUAAUUUAAUAUUGAGUUUAAUUUUUAAUUAAAUAAAAACGAAAUUUUUUUUCGCAUAAUGAAAGAAUAGGGAGGAGAAAAUAGGAGAUUUUUUUUUUGUAAAAUAAAACUAAAAUCAAAGAUGUUUUUUU